UCACGCAUUAAUGCAACCGUGUUCGACGCCGCCAUUUAUAUUUUCGUUUCGGGAUUUCGUGUCAAAUUCUUGAUUGAGAAAAGUAAAGGCGAUUUAUUGUAAAAAAUUGUUGGUGAGGAGGUUUGCAGAGCAAUCUCAUAUUUUGUGGUACAGCAAUUACGUGUAGUGAAUUUGUGUUGAAUUAAAAAUAACACAAAACGUGAAAAUAUGGCAAAUGUGCGGGACAGCGACACUUCAUUGUGGCUGCAUAACAAACUCGGCACUUCGAACGAUUCGUGGAUAAGUGGGUCGAUAUGCUCGCAACUGAACAAGGAAGUGCUGCGCAACAUAAAGGAGUGUUUUCCGGAUUUACAGACUCAAGUGAAACUGAAAUUAUUGUUGAGUUUUUUUCAUAUACCACGAAGAUUAGUAGAAGAGUGGAAAGCAGAAUUGGAGGAAGUGAUUGAAGUUGCCGGCUUAGAUUCUGAAUUAUGGGUAUCAAUGUUGGCAGAAACAAUGAAAACUUUUCCUGCGACUAGCUCACUAAAUACAGAAAUAUCGGAAUAUGAAGAUACGCGACCAAUCUUCACUGACAUGGUCAAUGACUUACGUAAAUUGGUUAGUAAGCAUUGCGAUUUGGGCAUGCUACCAUUAGAAUGUUUAUAUUUAAACAAGAAUGCCUUGGUUUCUGUGGUCGGUCAGCAACCAAAUCCUGUUAAGCAUUUCACUAUAAAACGUAAACCUAAGAGUGCCAAUUUGCGUACAGAACUUCUACAUAAGUCCGCUGACGCACAAUCAUCUUUGAAAAAGUCUUCUGCACCAACAAUACCGCUACGUUCCCGUGGUAUGCCACGUAAGAUGACUGAUACAACGCCACUAAAAGGAAUACCGUCCCGUGUGCCUUCCUUAGGAUUUCGAUCGCCCAAUAUUACUGGCACACCGCAACGUCCAAAUCUUAGUCGAACACCAGCGGGACGUAAGGAUGGUGGUAUCAAAUUAAUCGAAUUUACCGAACAGCCUUUGGGUUACGCGGCGGCCAAAAAACGCAAACGAGAACAACAAUUAGAAGAACAACAAAAGAAACAAGAGCAAAAACAAAUAGCUGCAGCAGCAGCAGAGAACGCAUCACCAAUAGCUACAUCGCCAACACAAACAAGUGCCGCAAACAACGUGGCGGGAGCCAGUGCUGCCCCCACUACACCCACCACUACAGCAAAUACAUUUGAAAUAAAGACGGAAGCAAUAUUAAGCGUAAAUUCAGGGGGUACCAGCGAAGAUAUGCUCAUAGAUAAUAAAGACCAUGUGUUGUCUACAAAAAUAGAACCCUCGACACCAGAAUAUGCACAAUCUCUCACUUACAUGCAACAACCAUCUUCUCCGAAAUCAUUGGACAAUAAACCCCAAAUUAAGCCAAUAGAAACAACAUCUACAAGUGUGACCAACUCCAUACUAACAUCAGCGCCUUCCGCCACAAUUUCAACUCCAACAAAAGUUAAUAGCAUGUCCACACAAACACAAACACAAACGCAAAUGCAAAUUCGAGCACCAGCACAGACGCAAGUUAAUAACAAUAGCAGUCCCAGCCUGAAUCACAGCCACAAACGUAUCAAACAAGAGAUCGAAAUAAAGAGUGAAGAAAUUUUAAUGCCACCAAAUAUUAAAGUGGAAAAAAUUGAACCACAAACCCAGCCUACGUUGUUGACGCAGCAAUUACCCCAGACACCUGCACGCUUACAGCAGCGUAUUAUUAUACAGCAACAGAAGCCUCCACAACAACAACAGCAACAACAACAAAUACAACAAUCACAACAGACCAUGCAAAAACAAACAACACAACAUGUACUCAUACGUGCGGCCCCACAGCAGCAAAAGCAAACAAUUAGCGGCUUGACACUGAGUGCUGGCAAUACAACUGUCACCAGACAAAAGAUUAACACAACCAACACAUCGCCUACUAGCUCGAAUACAAUGAUAAAAAUGGAAAAGUUGGAUAUAAAACCAAUGACACCGACGAAGAGUCCUGUAGCGAAUACGAUGUCCACUAAUCUUUACACCCAACAACAGUUGCGUCAGACGAAUAAUCCAUUGGCGAAUUUACCAAAUAAUAUUUCGGUGAAAAUAACAUCAACCAAAUCUUCGAAAGUUCAGUCAAUACCUCAGCAGAACUCGCAGCAGCAGCAACAGCAACAGCAACCAAUAUUAAUUAACAGUUCAACACCCGUGAUAAUUUCCUCAACGGCUGCGCCCGUCUCAAGAGCGAAACAGCUUGUCUCGUCUGGUACGUCAACUACAACAACGGCACAGUCAAUUAAGUCGAUGCCAUUGAGUCAGUUGAAGACCGCGGCCAAUAGUGGUCCGGUCAUCAUAUCUCAGACAAUCAUACAACCAGCUAAGCGUACAGCUAAUUCGGCAGCAGGACUUCAAUCCCAACACCAACAUCAGCAACAACAACAACAACAGACCCAUAUUCAACAACAGCAACAACAACAGCAACCAACAAUGCAACACUCGGUUAGUACAUCAACCAGUACUGCCCAGUAUAUUUUGACGACGACAACACCUCAAAAGCAACAACAACAAACACAACAACUUCAAACAUCCACCAUGCCGACACUCGCCACGUUCGCACGUCCUCAGCAGACCACCACUACGCUCUAUCAGUCUUCAGCAUCGGCCAACACUCAAACGCCAACAAAGAUUCUGUUGAAAACAUCACCGUCAGGCGUUAUGAUGACACCAGUGCGUCAACAGCAGAGUACGAAUGCUAUCAGCGGUAAUCCUCCACCGCUUAUAGCAACCUCAACUCAACAGCAGCAACAACAACAGCAACCUACUUUAUUAAACAUACAAAAUGUACAGCUGCCCAAUCGCCCUGUCACCAUACAACCAGCCUCGCAAGCAGCACAGCAGCAACAUCUGCAGGCUCAAUUACAACAGCAACAACCACAGCAACAUACAAUUGUAUCAAAUACGAGUGCCACACAGCAGCCGAAACUUACACAGGUGCUGGUGCAAUCGUCAAGCCCCGCAGGUGUUGCGGGUGCUGUUGGCAAUGUUGGUGGAGUCAAUGUAGCAAAUACAAAUGCUAAUAUGAAGAAUAAGACGAUUAUAUUGACACAGAAGGGUGUUAUAUUGCGCAAUAUCGGGGGUGAUAUGUAUCAGCAGAUACCGAUUAGUAACAUGAGUGGUCUACAGGGUCUUAACACGGGCGCUGGUACGACAUUAAUGACGACAGCGGCUGGUCCGCCAAGUUUAGUAAAGACAACUGGUCAAGGCUUACAGCAGGGACAAACAAUACAUUUGCAGCAACAAACUGGCACGCAAGCGAAACAGCAACAACAUAUACCAACGCUUAUUCCAACAAAUACGCUAUCGUCGCAGCACAUGAUCGUACAGCAACCCACACAAACGAACCUCAUUAAUACGCCUAACCAACAAACCAUCAUCCGACCAGUUAUCUCUAAUGUGCAAGGUAAUAGCUUGACCACGCUCCCACAAGGUCUAACACUUAUACAACGCCCGGGUCAACAGCCCCAGCUAGUGCAAGUACAGACCGCCAACAGUUCGGGUGGUAUAGGUCAACAACAACAACAACAAACACAAAUACAACGCACGAUAAUAACACAACCAGCUCAACAACAACAGCAACAAAUGCGACCACAACAGAUCGUGUUGCAACACAAGACACAGCCGCAACAGAGAAUUAUUACAACACAAACGGCAUCAGGUCAACCCCAGCAAAUACAAAUACAGCAGGGCACAUCAACAGGCAGCCUGCCACGUACCACACACAUCGUACAGGUGACACAACAGGCCCAACAACAACAACAGCAACAACCUCAGACACAACAGGCGCCACAGCGCAAAGGACUUUCACUAUCAAAUGAACAUGUUCAUAAAGCGCACGAAAUGUUCCGUAAAGCCAACCGCGUUUCUCGUCCGGACAAAGCGCUCAUAUUGGGUUUCAUGGCUGGCAUGCGUGAAAAUCCGCGACCCAACUCGGAGAAUGUAAUUGUGAUCAAAUUAGGCGAAACUGAGGAAAAAGUACAACAGGAUGAUGGCAGCACGGCGCUCUGUUUGGUGGAGUCACACAUCCGACUGGAUUACAAUACCGGGGAGUGGAAGACAUUCCAAAAUUAUCGGCGUCUCGAUCAAAGUGUACAAGGUCAGGGGGUUGAUGGCAGCACUAACAGUGGCACAGGCGGUGCCAGUGGUGUUAUGCAAGCACAGAAUUCGGUUGUAAUUUAAAGUCAGUACGUGCGUAGCUAUUAACAGAUGCUGUUGCAUAUAUAUUAGUGUAACAACUCUUAAUCACAAAUGUGACAUUUUGUUGUCAUAAACCGUGCAUUUGUGCUGGCAUUGUGACUACAGUUAUGCGCAGAGCCGAUAUUGCGUGCACGUGUGUGUACGACAAAUGGAAUUGCAGAAACCAUUUAACCAUUUUUAUCGUAAAAUGAAAUUACAAGUGAAAACAUAAAUGAACGUGGGUGUAAUUUGCGUAAAUUCGCUGAGCUUGCGACACCUAUUGAAAUGUAUUAACUCUAGCCAGUGCAGCAUUUAAAUACGCAUUAUUUUGCAAUUAAAUCGCUUAAAGAGAUGAAUCAAGUAUGUAAUUUGUCAUUAAUUACUCAUGAUUUGGUGGUGAAUAUUACAAAACAAAUCUAACCAAUUUUAUAUUUAUACAAAAGAGAUAUGAGUUUACUCCCCUCGGAUCACUUUAAAUUAUACAUUUUCAAUUGUAAUUAUUAAUUUAAAUUAAACGAAAAUAAGAGAACUUACACAAUAAACAAUAAUAAUACAAGGGAAUCUAAUUUUAUCACCAUGAAUAAAUGUAUAUAUACAUAUAUAAAAACAAUAUAUUAUAUAUAUGCAUAUAUGGGCUGUUUGCAAUGUCAUCUUAUAUUUCGUUUCGUACGCAGCUAAACCGUCAGUUAUUUUCUUUGUUGCGCUCGUGUCUCCAAAAAAAAAAAAA